CCCAAACUAUCAUGAGAGUAAUUUUAUUUUUAACUCUCGAAAGUAUUUAAAUUAAUGCCGUCAUAAAUAAAUUUAAGCAAGAUAUAAUCUGAUUAAAAAAUCAGCAAGUUAAACCGGUUUUGUUAGCUUGCAUUUAACACGGAAUUCUUUUACUAAAAUAAUUGUGUUUGACGAGGACGGGCUAAUUGUAACGACUUUCUAUACUAGUUAAGUGCCCAAAGUAAACUGCUGCUGGAGUUUCAUUACUUUGAUCAGUUGUCAAAGAGUUGGUGAGACCAAUUAGAUAACGAGAUGGGUCAAGCUGCGUACGGCGUCUCUGGGGACUCCAAAGGAUUCGUCGAGUUUACUAUCAAUGGUAUUAUUUUUAAAGUGCAAGAGAACAUACCACCCGAGACAUCGUUGAAUGUUUUUAUCCGAGAGCACGCGAAGCUGAGGGGUACAAAGUCAAUGUGCCAUGAGGGUGGAUGUGGUGCUUGUAUAGUCGCUGCUGAGAUACGCGGUGAAACACUUGCUGUUAACUCAUGUCUGGUCCCAGUCCUCAUUUGCAAUGGGUGGAAAAUCAAGACCGUCGAGGGAAUAGGUAACAAAAAAAUAGGUUAUCACAAGAUUCAAACUGCACUCGCGGGAAUGAAUGGCUCGCAAUGCGGUUAUUGUUCGCCUGGCAUGGUCAUGAAUAUGUACAGCUUAUUGCAAAGCAAAGAAGAAUUAACGAUGAAGGAGAUUGAAAAUUCAUUUGGAAGUAAUAUCUGCCGGUGUACCGGGUACCGUGCGAUUUUAGAUGCCUUUAAAGGAUUAGCCGUUGACGCAAGACCUGAACUAGCAGAAAAAAUUCACGACAUCGAGGAAUUGUAUAAGCUGAAGAUGUGCCCAAAGUCCGGAGAACCUUGUAAAGGUAGCUGCAUAAAUGUAAGCGGUAGUAGUGAGGAAAUGCCGGAAAUGCCAACAAAAUUGAGCGAAGUUCACAUAAUGGCGAUGAAUAAUGUACAGUUUCACAAAGUUCUCUCUGUUGAGGGUCUCUUCAACGUCUUUAAUAACAAUCCAAAUGCAACUUAUGUAUUAAACGGCGGCAACACCGGGCACGGUGUUUACCGACUGGAGAAGCCGCAAAUAUAUUUGGAUUUGAAUGACGUCACUGACCUACAUCGCGUCGAGAAAACCGAUAAAAUGCUGACCUUCGGCGGGAAUUGCACCCUCACCGUUGCCAAAAACACCUUCAAGAAGUACGCCACCGAUCCCGGGUUCAAACAUUUGCAGCACAUGGCUAAUCACGUCGACCUUAUUGCCAGUGUCGCUGUCCGCAAUAUAGGAACGUUGGCUGGAAAUCUGAUGAUAAAGCACAAACACCACGAAUUUCCCUCGGAUUUGUUUCUGCUACUGGAAACCGCCGGAGCCGAGAUACAUAUCCUUGAAUCACCUGGGGUUAAAAAAAAUGUAAGCCUAAUGGAUUUCCUGAAGAUAGAUAUGAAACACAAAAUAAUAUACAGCAUCGUUCUGCCAGCGUUGAAGCCGGAGCAUGUGUAUCGAUCUUAUAAGGUAAUGCCGAGAGCUCAAAAUGCCCAUGCUCAUGUAAAUGCCGGGUUUCUAUUCAAACUCGAUGCAAGAGGAAUUGUGUUGGAGAAACCCAAUAUUAUAUUUGGAGGAAUUCGACACGAUUUUUUGCAUGCAACAUCGAUGGAAGAUUUUCUUAACGGAAAAUCACUUUUUGACAAAAAUAUCUUCAAACAAGCCUUAGACAUACUCGACGCAGAAUUGAAACCAGAUCGUGUACUACCCGAUUAUACACCAGAGUUCCGAAAAACUCUAUCUCUAGGAUUAUUUUACAAGUUCGUUCUCAGUUUAUUGUCGGAAAAUGUUAGCGAGAGACUACGAAGCGGUGGCUCUAUGCUGAAACGUGAUGUAUCAUCUGCAAGACACGAUUAUGACAUAGAUAAAAAUAUGUGGCCAGUUAAUAAACCCGUACCGAAAAUGGAAUCCAUUUACCAGACGUCUGGAGAAGCUCAGUAUGUUAACGAUCUACCGCCACAAUCUAAUGAAGUUUUCUGUGCAUUCGUUCACGCUGAGUUUGCGGUUGGGGUUGUUGAAAACAUUGACGCCUCUGAAGCUCUGGCAAUGGAUGGUGUUGUAGCUUUUUUGACGGCCAAAGAUGUUCCAGGCAAAAAUCUUGCAAUCAAUGGGGAAAACAAAGAAGUUUUACUAGAUCAUAAUGAAUUGCUAUUUCUAGAGAAAGAAAUUCAGUAUUCAGGGCAACCGAUCGGCGUAAUAGCGGCAACAACCUACGCACGAGCUUAUGAAGCCACUAAAAAAGUUAAAAUCACUUACUCCGAGACGGGAAAGAGAAAGCCGAUAAUAACAAUAAAGGAUGUGCUGGGAUCUGCGGACAGCUCAAGAUUAUUACCAACGAUUACAGUUCCCGCUAAGUCAAAAGGUAGCGACAUCGCUCACGUUAUAAAAGGAGACAUGGAAAUCGGAGGACAGUAUCACUACACAAUGGAACCGCAGUCGUGUGUUUGCAUUCCAACCGAAGAUGGAAUAGAUGUUUACCCGACAUCACAAUUCAUAGACCUCACGCAAGUUUCAAUAGUUGACUGUCUUGGUAUUCCUAACAACAGGAUCAAUAUUAACGUACGAAGACUUGGUGGUGGAUAUGGCGCCAAGAUAUCACGAAACAAUCCAGUCUCCUGUGCAUGUGCGGUUGUAUCAUAUGUAUUAAAUCGUCCAGCAAGAUUUAUAAUGUCUAUUGAGAGUAAUAUGAUGUGUUUGGGUAAGCGCCCGCACGCAAGACAAGAGUACGAGGUCGGCGUUGACGCCCAGGGUGUAAUACAGUAUCUCAACAGCACUAGUUGGCAUAAUGCCGGCUGCUCCUGGAACGAAUUCUCAUCAGUCUUAACGUUUCAACAUAUUUACACAUGCUACGAUGGAUCAACUUGGAAUGUCGGAGUCGUUGAUGCGAUGACUGACGUCCCCUCUAAUACUUAUUGCCGCGCUCCAGGUUCUACUGAAGGAAUUGCCAUGUCUGAGAAUAUUAUGGAACAUAUAUCCAGAACAUUAAAUAAAGAUCCUAUUGAGGUAAGGUUGAGUAAUAUGAAUGCUCCGGAUAAAGAAGUACUUAGUAAAAUGAUUGACGACUUGAAAAUGUCUUCUGAUUAUGAAGCGCGACAACGUAGUGUACGACUUUUCAAUACCGAAAAUCGAUGGAAGAAACGAGGGCUAUCUUUAGUACCAAUGACAUAUCCUUUCCAUCCAUUCGGUCAGUUUCAUGCAUUAGUGUCGAUAUACGCUCGAGAUGGUACAGUCGCUAUUAUACAUGGUGGCAUCGAGAUGGGUCAGGGUAUUCACACUAAGGUUGCUCAGGCUGCUGCUUAUACACUGGGCAUCGAUCUGGAAAUGGUUAACGUCAAACCCUCGAAUAACGUUGUCGCUCCGAAUAAUACAGUCACCGGGGGAAGUCUCGGAAGCGAAACUUGUGCUCGGGCAACAAUAAAUGCAUGCAAAGAAUUAUUGGAGAGAUUAGAGCCGAUUAAAAAAGAAAUGGGAAAUCCUUCGUGGAAGGAGCUUGUGUUUGCUGCUCACGCUAAAAAUGUUGAUCUUGUUGCUCGAUGCAUGGUUACCAAUGGUCCCGAGCAUGGUUAUCCAAUCUACGGUGCUGGUGUUGCUGAAGUAGAGCUGGAUUUGUUAACGGGACAACACUUGAUUCGACGAGUCGAUUUAUUGGAAGACGUUGGCAUCAGCAUGAAUCCAGAGAUUGAUUUAGGACAAGCAGAAGGCGCAUAUGUAAUGGGGAUCGGGUAUUGGACUAGCGAGGACCUCGUUUACUGUCCUAAAACCGGGCUACUAGCAAAUCACCGUACCUGGAAUUAUAAACCACCUGGUGCUAAGGAUAUCCCCGUGGACUUUCGUGUAUCCUUUAGACGUAAUGCACCAAACCCCACGGGAGUUCUACGAUCCAAAGCUGUUGGGGAGCCACCGUUAUGCAUGAGUUACGGUAUAGUAUUGGCCAUACGUGAUGCACUAGACUCUGCUAGAAAGGAUGCCGGUAAUAACGAUAUUUGGUAUCCUCUAGAUGGACCGGUAACAACUGAAAAAGUUCUUAUGACAAGUCUGACGUCCAAGGAAAUGAUGGUCCUGUAUUAAAAAAAUAAAUUUAGUAUUAAAAAAUAAUUUAUAUUCAGUUACGUUAUCUAUUAUAAUGAAAAUAAUAAUAAUAAUUGUUAUAAUACUUGCAUUGGGAUCAAGUGUACUGUAGUCAUAAAAGGGAUUAAUAAAAUAUACUGCUGCAUUAAA